UCCUCACACUGUACCUGAACACUCCACUCCAGUCCACGCAGCGACCACCCACGCCGGUCUCCAGUGCGCGCGAGAGGCGGACAGAGUGGAAGAAACCCCCGCUGAGUCUCUUCAUCAUCCUUUCCUCACCAACACCCCAUCAUCAUCAUCCUCCUCAUCCCAGACCCUUCUCGCCAGUUAGAUCAUGAACCUGCUCUUUUCUGGUUGCUAAGGAGGAGGAAAUCGAGCUCCGGGAGUGGACGAGGCGGUACUUACAAAGAAACAGAAAGAGAGAUCCAGAAAUCAAGCAUGGCUCAGGCCUCUCAGGACCAAGGUGCGGUGGGCAUAGCCGACCCAGAUGAGGACUCGCCCAACAUGAUUGCAUACAGGAAGAUCGAGGACAUCAUCACACACCUCCAAGAUGAGGCUGAAGGAGUGCCUGUCAGAACCGUCAAGAGCUUCCUCACCAAGAUUCCUAAUGUGGUUACAGGUUCGGACAUUGUUCAGUGGAUGAUGAAGAACCUCAACAUGGAAGAUCCUGCGGAGGCCAUACACAUCGGCAGCCUGAUCGCCGCUCAAGGCUACAUCUUCCCCAUCUCUGAUCAUGUUCUCACGCUCAAGGAUGAUGGGACGUUUUACCGCUUUCAGGCUCCGUACUUUUGGCCCUCUAACUGCUGGGAGCCAGAGAACACCGACUACGCCAUCUAUCUGUGCAAGCGGACCAUGCAGAACAAGACCCGGCUGGAGCUGGCGGACUAUGAGGCGGAGAAUCUAGCGCGGCUACAGAGGGCUUUUGCCAGGAAGUGGGAGUUCAUCUUCAUGCAGGCUGAGGCUCAGGUCAAAAUCGACAGGAAAAAAGACAAAACGGAGAGGAAGAUUCUGGAUAGUCAAGAGAGAGCCUUCUGGGAUGUUCACCGUCCUGUGCCUGGGUGUGUCAACACUACUGAGAUGGACAUCAGGAAGUGUCGUCGCCUGAAGAACCCUCAGCGGGUGAAAAAGUCAGUGUAUGGAGUAGUGGACGACACACAGACUCAGAGUCCUGUUCACACACCCUCACAGCAGAGCAGCAAGGACACCAAAGAGGAUGUAGAGAAAGAGAUUCUGUUCUUGAACACUCAGUUAGAUCGGCACUGUAUGAAAAUGUCCAAAGUUGCUGAGACAUUGAUGAGCUACACAGAGCAGUAUCUUGACUAUGACCCUUUUGUGGCAGUACCAGAGCCCUCAAACCCCUGGAUUAGCGAUGAUGCCACUUUCUGGGAGCUAGAAGCCAGUAAGGACCCAAGUCAACAGCGAGUAAAGAAGUGGGGUUUCUCAUUGGACGAGGCUUUAAAGGACCCAGUGGGCCGCGAGCAGUUUCUUAAAUUCCUGGAGUCCGAAUUCAGCUCUGAAAACCUCCUGUUCUGGUUGGCUGUGCAGGAUCUGAAGUGUCGCCCCCUGCAGGAAGUGUCGUCUCGUGCUCAGGAGAUCUGGCAGGAGUUUCUCGCUGAGGGAGCUCCAAAUGCCAUCAAUCUAGACUCACACAGCUACGAGCGCACCAGCCAGAAUCUCAAAGACCCGGGACGCUACAGUUUUGAAGAUGCCCAGGACCACAUCUACAAACUGAUGAAGAGUGACAGCUACCCUCGAUUCCUGCGCUCCAAUGCUUACCAGGACCUCCUGCUGGCCAGAAAGAAGCCUGAGACAGAGCAAGGCCGUCGCACAUCCCUGGAGAAAUUCACUCGCAGUGUGGGCAAAUCACUGACAAGUAAACGGCUGACAGGCCUCAUGCAGUCCUCCUGACGAGUCCUGGCUUCCCACAAAAUGUCCACAAACCUGCCCAGAAACUGCAGUUUGUUGGGAUGGAAUCUCUGUGGCCGUGUCGGGUCACGUGUAUGGACCACCCUCUCUCCAAAACCCACCCGAACAGCGCACAGCUACCGACUCUAGAUGGCAGCAUGCAAUAAGUCCAGUAAAAAAAUCUCCAAACAGCGACAGUGUUGUCUGUGUCUAUUAAAAAGACCACAUACAUGAAUGUCAGAUGAUCUCCCAGUUCCAUCUAGAGAAGCAUUAUACAUUUAUUUGAUAGCUGUAACCGUAUUACGGCAAGCACAGGACUGACUGUCUGACUGGAUUUCCAAUUAAAAAAAACAUUCAUCUUCAGAUCUGAAAUUGGUCCGGAUAGGUUUCCAGGUGAAGCGAGGAUGUGUCUCAAAUCUUCAGAGCAUUCCAAAGGAGGGAAGAAAACGACAAGGGCUUUCAGUGACUGUCGGUCAAGGUUUGCACAGAACUUUUCAUCGAAAAACAGAAUACGUCACUGAAUAUGAAGAAUGUGGAAGAGAAAUGGGUUCGGAAAAGCACACGGUUAUUACUCCUGCCAUUUGAAGAAAGUCGAAUUAUUUAUUAUUGUGCGUCUACAGCCCAUGUUAUGCUUAAUCAUUAGCGUAUGAUAUUUUUAACUGAGGUGAGGAUUAUUGACUCUGUUGUAUUGAGGAAUGAAGGAAUAUCGAGAAGAAUAACAAAGAUUGUGCUAGUGUUUUUAGGAGGAUUCAUUCAGAGCACAGAAGAUUGCUUUUGCACAAGGACUGCAGUAAUGAGGAGCACUGGACCCCAGAGAUGCCUGUCCUGAUUGGUCGGUGUGUUCUCUGAACAGCUUUACAGUAAGAUGUCCAAACAAAUAAUGACAUUUAAUUUAGGAUCAUCUAUGGAGGAUCCAUUCCAACAGCUAAGAAAAGAUGGCAUGUUUGGUAAAUAAUUGUGAGAUGAUGUCAUAAUUAUGAGAUAAAAUUAUGAGAUGAAAGUCAAAAUGAUGACAAUAAGGUUGAACAUACAAAGUCACCAUUACAAGAUUCAAAUAAAGAUUGUUAUAUAUUAUAUUAUAUUAUUAUAAUAUAAUAUUGUAUAAAUUGGUUCGAGCCUCAGCUGGGUCAGUUGGCAUUUCUUUGUGGAGUUUGCAUGUUCUCCCCAUGUUCGUGUGAGUUUCCUCCGUGUGCUCCGGUUUCUCCCACAGUCCAAACACAUGCGCUAUAGGUAAAUUGGUAAUCUAAAUGUGUACGAGUGUAUGGGUAUUUCCCAGUAAAGGGUUGCAGCUGGAAGUGUAUCCGCUGCAUAAAACAUGUGCUGGAUUAGUUGGCGGUUCAUUCUGCUGUGGCGACCCCAGAUUAAUAAAGGGACAGAGCCAAAAAGAAAAUGAAUGAUAAAUUCAGAGAUUUUAUGACAUUAUAACAACAUUUUGUCCUGUUAGGAUCUCCUUAACAUUCUGUUCGGAUUUUUUAAAAUCCUAACUAUGAUUUAGCAUUUUUCUU